AUGAUUAUUGGUGCCUUCCUCCUGUCAUCAGUCAUUGAGGGUCCCUCCAAAGGAUCCUGGGAAUGGCAAAUGCAUCGAGCCUUUCAGUCCGCCAUAACGUUACAUAAACCCAAUAUUGUUAUUUUUUUAGGAGACCUCUUUGAUGAAGGCAAAUGGUGUAUGCCUGAUGAGUUUGCAGCAUAUGUCACCAGAUUCCACAAUUUGUUUUAUGCUCCUGAAGAAAUUCAGUUCCUAAUAGCAGCUGGUAACCAUGACAUGGGCUUCCAUUAUAGCUUGAACCCGUACCUGGUGAACCGAUUUCAAAAGGCAUUUGAUACUGGUCCUGUAAAGUUAGUGCAGAUUCAAGGAGUAACAUUUGUCAUUAUUAAUAGUAUGGCUAUGGAAGGGGAUGACUGUUUUCUAUGCAAACCUGCCUUAACAAAGUUAAAGAUUGUUUCAAGACAGCUGAAGUGUGCUAAAGGUGAUAAGGAAUUAUGUGAAUACUGGAAGAACUCUAUGAUGAAACAGUAUAGUAUGCCAAUAAUAUUACAGCAUUAUCCACUAUUCCGGGAAUCAGAUGCCGUUUGCAGUGAACCAGAUGAAGCUCCAGAAGAGAUUAAAUACAUCAGAUUCAGAGAACGAUGGGAGUGUAUCUCUAAAGAUUCUACUGAAUUGGUAAGAUUAAUUUUACUCAUGGGGGAAUUGGCUUCACCUUAUAAGGCGUACUAUGUAGUACGUAUAUUGUCUUGCGGGAGAGGCGGUCCCUCCAGAUAG